GGGGCAGCAGAGGAUCGACAGUCACGCGGAAGCGGUCGGCCCCUGAAGUUGCAACAGAAUCGGGAUGACUCAGUCCAUACAUGUUUAAUGAUUUGCGAAUAAAUGUGGUGUAGCGCCGCUGCUCCUCUCAAAGUAGACGAAAAACACCCCGCAGGUGAAGCCACUGAAGCUGUAAGUUUUUAAUUAGAUGUUUAUUUUUGCACCUGUCAAUCAAUUUGUUUAUUAUUAUUAUUAGUAUUAUUUUUAAUUUAGCAUAAGUCGAGAGGAGCAUCCUGUGGCGGCCUCUUCUCUGCGCUACACAACUUUUUUUUUUUUUUUUUAUUUCCGGCUGCCUGUCAAAGUGUUCUCCAGGAAGUCUUGGAGCGGCUGCGGGCGCGCGGCCAAGCCGCUCAGACGUCUCCGGACUCGGACUACAACAGCUCCCCGACGGCGGGACGACUUUUUACUGAGAGGUGAGCGGCUGUUCUCCGGUCUCGUUUGGGCUGGCUGCCUGUCACCGGUUCGGUCGGUGUCGGUGGCCCCCCUCCUCCUCGGCCCCCCCGCCUCUCGAACCGUUAACAGAACUGACACUUCCUCUUUCGGCGGCGGCUAAGCUAUCGCGGCUACACCGCUGGCAGCGGGUUCGAGUGAAGUUGGACAUGACCGCCGUCGCGCGGUGUUGUUCUGUCGGUGUCGCCGUGCCCCCAAUCUAACCCCCCCACAGCUCAGACGUGGUACGACGGUGUUUGAGUCAUGAGGGACCCUGAAAAAUCUGCAAAUCUGGACUUUCUCUGAAGAGACAAAAGAAGACAUCAAGACCUCCUGUACAUAACCAGGUGGAGCUGGCCAAUGCCGGGGCCGUCGUGGACGUCUGGCGGCGGCAGCGGUAGCGUGUACGUGAGUGCGGUCUCUGGUGCCUAGCCAAUAAUGCCGUCGUCCACACGGAAGGCGGUGCCGAAAGACCCCGAGCUGGGCGACCUCUUCUUCAAAGAUGACCCCGAGGACGUGUUCUGCGACCUGCACGAAAUCGGACAUGGCAGCUUCGGGGCCGUCUACUUUGCACGAAACUCGUACUCCAACGAGGUGGUGGCCAUCAAGAAGAUGUCCUACAACGGCAAACAGACGACGGAGAAGUGGCAGGACAUCAUCAAGGAGGUCAAGUUUUUGGGGCAGCUGCGACACCCCAACACCAUCGAGUACAAAGGCUGCUACCUGAAGGACAACACCGCCUGGCUGGUGAUGGAGUACUGCCUCGGCUCUGCAUCAGAUCUACUAGAAGUUCACAAGAAACCACUCCAAGAAAUGGAAAUUGCUGCCAUUACCCAUGGUGCCUUGCUAGGACUGGCCUACUUACAUUCCCAUAACAUGAUUCACAGAGAUGUGAAAGCCGGCAACAUCCUGCUGACUGAGCUGGGCCUGGUCAAACUGGCUGACUUUGGCUCCGCCUCCAUUGCCUCACCUGCCAACUCCUUUGUCGGAACGCCGUACUGGAUGGCCCCUGAAGUGAUCCUAGCCAUGGACGAGGGUCAGUACGAGGGGAAGGUGGACAUCUGGUCGCUGGGGAUCACCUGUAUUGAACUGGCGGAGCGUAAGCCGCCGUUGUUCAACAUGAAUGCAAUGAGUGCCUUAUACCACAUCGCACAGAACGACUCCCCCACGCUGCAGUCCAACGAGUGGUCCGACACCUUCCGGAGCUUCGUCGACUAUUGCCUACUAAAAAUUCCUCAGGACAGACCCUCGUCGGGGGAGCUGCUGCGACAUGACUUUGUGCGUCGGGAUCGCUCGCCGCGCAUCCUCCUGGACCUCAUCCAGAGGACCAAGGAUGCGGUGCGCGAGCUGGACAACCUGCAGUACCGCAAGAUGAAGAAGAUUCUGUACCAGGAGAAGCACAACGGGCUGAUGGGAGAGAGCCAGGAGGAGGAAGAGGACAGCGAGGCGGCCAGCUGCAAGAUGAACAGCCUGGGCAGCAACCACUCCAUCCCCAGCACGUCGGUCAGCACCGGCAGCCAGAGCAGCAGCGUCAACAGCAUGCAGGAGGUGCUGGAGGACAACUGCUCCGACAUGACCAUGAUGCACCCGCAGGACUACAGCGGCAACCUGGACUCGUCCGCGCUCGCCAAGAAGGACCAUCAGUACAACUGGGAUGACGGGAUCCACAGGGACCAGCGGGCCGAGCCCAGGUCGGCGUCCUCCGACAGGAGCAGCCAAGCCCAAAACUACAAAAACCAGGGCCGUUUCGCCACCAUAAAGUCGGCCUCUCUGGUCACCAAACAAAUCCACGAGCAUGAGCAGGAGAGCGAGCUGCGGGAGCAGAUGUCGGGCUACAAGCGCAUGCGGCGGCAGCACCAGAAGCAGCUGAUCGCCCUGGAGAACAAGCUGAAGGCCGAGAUGGACGAGCACCGGCUGAAGCUGCAGAAGGAGGUGGAGACGCAGGCCAACAACGCCUACAUCGAGCUGGAGAAGCUGGCCAAACGCCACGCCGCGCACACCGACAAAGAGAUGAAGACGGCGCUGGCGGACGAGAAGAAGUUCCAGCAGCAGAUCGUGGCGCAGCAGAAGAAGGAGCUGACCACCUUCCUGGACAACCAGAAGAAGCAGUACAAACUCUGCAAGGAGAAGAUUAAGGAGGAGAUGAACGAGGACCACAGCACGCCCAAGAAGGAGAAGCAGGAGCGCCUGUCCAAGCACAAGGAGAACAUGCAGCACUCCCAGGCCGAGGAGGAGGCGCACCUGCUGAGCCAGCAGAGGGUUUUCUACGACCGCAACUGCCGCGCCUUCAAGCGCAAAGUCAUGAUCCGGAGGCACGACGUGGAGCAGGAGCAGAUCCGAGAGGAGCUGAACAAGAAGAAGACCCAGAAGGAGAUGGAGCACGCCAUGCUGAUCCGCCACGACGAGUCCACGCAGGAGCUGGAGCAGCGGCAGCUGAAGAACCUGCAGAAGCUGCGCAUGGACCUGAUCCGCCUGCAGCACCAGACGGAGCUGGAGAACCAGAUCGAGUACAACAACCGGCGGGAGCGCGAGCUCCACCGCAAACACGUGCUGGAGCUCCGGCAGCAGCCCAAGAACCUGAAGGUGUUGGAGCUGCAGAUCAAGAAGCAGUUCCAGGACACGUGCAAGGUGCAGACCAAACAGUACAAGGCUCUGCGCCACCACCAGAUGGAAGUCACCCCCAAGGCGGAGCACAAGACGGUGCUGAAGGCCCUGAAGGACGAGCAGACGCGCAAGCUAGCCAUCCUGGCCGAGCAGUACGAGCAGAGCAUCAACGAGAUGAUGGCCUCGCAGGCGCUGCGUCUGGACGAGGCCCAGGAAGCCGAGUGUCAGGCCCUGCGGCAGCAGCUGCAGCAGGAGAUGGAGCUGCUCAACGCCUACCAGAGCAAGAUCAAGAUGCAGACCGAGGCGCAGCACGAGCGCGAGCAGCAGAAGCUGGAGCAGAAGGUGUCGCUGCGCCGCGCUCACCUGGAGCAAAAGAUCGAAGAGGAGCUGGGUUCCCUUCAGAAGGAGCGGACCGACCGCAUCAAACACCUGCUGGAGCGGCAGGAGCGCGAGAUCGACGGCUUCGACGUGGAGAGCAUGCGGCAGGGCUUCAGCAACCUGGGCACCCUGGACUUUCCCAAGGACGAGUACAGAUGAGGAGGCGCGCAUCUCCCGCCGGAACCUCCCCUCUCCUCCUUCCACCCGACCUGACAGCGCAGGUGUUUAGUGCUGCUGACCCCCCCUCACUCACACACUGAAGGUCCCAUCCAGCACCGGCCGGACCUGGCGGCGGCUCCGACGGCGCCUCCUGUACUUCCUUCCAGCCUCGUCACGGACGAGGAAAAAUGCCGAAUAACUUCCUGUUUGUUGUCAUGAUUUUUAAAGACGAUUACAUAGUCAGUGUUUGAUUCUUGUGGACACCGUUGUUGAAGCGUGGGAGGGGGGCAACAUAACGUCAAACCGAUUCUUCUGCUAAACGUUUUUAUUCUUGAGAGUUUUUUUCGUUUUUUAGGGCAAAUUUGAUACAAAACUAUCAGGUGUACAUACAGGUACGAGGAUCGCUGAGUCAUGGUACGUGACUUCUCUGCACUGACCUCCAAUGUGAAAAUCAAACCCAGCGAGCACAAAGGGCUUCAUGUGGGGGGGGCUGGAGGGCUGUAUUUUGUGUAUAGAUGGAUUUAUGGAGAGCUUUUACUUAUUUUCGUAUCUUAACUGUCACUCAAAUCAAAAUGAUUUUUAAUGACGCUUUGUUUUUGGUUUUUCCUUUUCCUCCUCAGACAGAGAAUUUGACGUGGAGUCGUUCAUUCAUGAAAAUUUAUUUUAUUUUUCUUUUCUUUUUUUCUUCUUUUUUUUGCUUUUCGCAGCUCCCAAGCUGUGGAUCUUCUUCUAAACCGGAGCAGUAUGAUGCUUUAUUAAUGCAUGCACUUUAUUUUAUUUUUUUUCCAGGUUUCAAGAAAGCAUGAAUCUGUCAGAGCUUUUAAUUAUAUUUGUAAAUAAAGUGCUCAUCACACAGAA